UUGUGGUCGGUUUUGGUUGGGUAACGUCAGCGCUGUCACAUUUCUGCUACACGUUCUCUAUUUAUCUAUUGCAAUUUCGCAAGUGACCGGUGUUUAGAAAUAAUAGUGUAUUCUUAAAUUAAUCAUGAUCUAUUCUACAUGGAUCAAUCAGUUUCACUCAGUAUUUUUAAUAUUUUUUUCCUUUGUCGGGUACGUUCAAUCUGAUGUGCCGAGACCUCGCGGGGUCUCUUUAUCUAAAGCACCGCUAUAUUCUCCGACAAAAGAUUUCACCUGUUUUGACGGAACAAUUACUAUACCGUUCAACUACGUAAACGACGAUUACUGCGAUUGCUUCGACGGAAGCGACGAGCCUGGCACCUCUGCAUGUCUAAAUGGCUUUUUCCAUUGCACCAACGCCGGUCAUCGACCGCAAAACAUUCCUAGUUCGAGGGUGAAUGAUGGUGUCUGCGAUUGUUGUGACGGUACCGAUGAGUACGCGUCAGGUGAAACAUGUGCUAAUACGUGUGAAGAACUAGGUCGAGAGGCGAGGGCUGAAGCUCAACGCCUAGCUGAGCUGUACAAAGCAGGUAGUCACCUAAGAUUAGAACUUAUAGAGAAAGGAAAUGCCAAACGUAAUGAGAUGGCAGAACAACUUCAACAGCUGGAAAAGGACAAAGCAGAGGCUGUACAAAUUAAAGACGAGAAAGAGAACCUUAAGAAUGACUUGGAAGCUAAAGAAAAUGAGGCUUUGAAAGUUUACAGAGAAGCUGAGGAACUGGAAAAACAAAAGAAAGCAGAAGAAGAGAGACAAAACUCAAUUAAAGAAGCACUGGAACACUUCAGUAAAUAUGAUGAAAACCAAGAUGGAGUAUUGUCAAUGGAUGAAAUAAUAAUAGCACAAGUGUUUGACAAAGAUAACAAUGGAAACCUUGAUGAGGAAGAGAUUAAAUACUUCUUUGGUGAGAAUGAAAAUAUUGACAAAGAAAUUUUCACUACCGCAACAUGGCCAUUGCUGAAACCUCUAUUGAUGGUCAAGGAUGGAUAUUUCAAGCCUGCUGGGGAAGAAGAAGACAUUGAACCUGAACAAGAAGCUGAUGCUGAGGAGGCUGGUGGUGACCUAGAAACUGAGUAUGGAGGUCAUGACGAUGAGGCCAGUGAGCUAGACCUCCCUCAAGAUGAUGCUGAAGAGCAUGAACAAGAAGUAGAAACAGAACAAGGAAAUGUGUAUGAUGAGGAAACUCAAAAACUUGUUGAUGAUGCCACUGAAGCUCGCAGGCAACAUACUGAUGCUGAACGUACAGUUAGGGAAAUAGAAGCUAACAUUAGGAAAAUCCAACAAAACCUUGAGAAAGAUUAUGGCUUGCAACAAGAGUAUGCCACUUUGGAUGGUGAAUGUUGGGAGUAUGAAGACAAGGAGUAUGUGUACAAAUUGUGUGUUUUCCAGAAAGUGACCCAGAAAUCAAAGAAUGGUGGUGCAGAAGUAGGCCUUGGAAACUGGGGAGAAUGGGCAGGUGUAGACCACAAUAAGUACUCUAUUAUGAAGUAUACAAAUGGUGUGGCCUGCUGGAACGGGCCGAGUAGAAUGACAACAGUACAUAUCAGCUGUGGCUUGGAGACAAAACUCUUAUCUGUCACAGAACCAUUCCGCUGUGAAUAUAAGAUGGAGUUUAGCACACCUGCAGCUUGUGAUGACUCCAGCCCUACUGGACAGCACUCAUCACAUGAUGAACUUUAAUAAUUCCAGUGUUGCAUUUCUCACACUCAUAUGUGAUGUGUUUAACACUUAAGUUACAAAAUGUAAAUCAGUCACCAUGCAUUAUCAUGUUUCUCUAAGGACAAGUCUCAAAUCACACUGAAUAAACACUCAUUUCAUGUAUGUACUGGAAAUCAAUCGGAAUUUAAUGUUAGCAUGAUAAAGUAGGAGAAUAACAAGUAGUAAAUUUAUUUUUGUUUAAGUGGAAGUGUUAAUGAUUUGGAAGAUUUUUUGGUACCUUCACAGUUUAUUGAUCAGUGUUUUGAUGUAAAGACUGAAAUAUUUAACAUCAUACAUUUAUUUCUCUCACAUUCCUCAAAUGCAAGGCUGUUUUAGUUUGAGUAGAAAAAAUAAAUUUUAAUGAAGUGAACAAAACAUUGUGAGUGAUCAAUAAAAUUAUUGUUUAAUAUUA